UAGUUAGUUAGUUAGUUAGUUGACCACAAAUUGGGGAUAAAUACAUCGUCUUCAGUUUUUUUGUUUAAGGGUGUUGUUGUAUUCAUCGAUAUGAUGGCUGUUACCGAAGGAAUGGACGACACAGCCCAAGGACUGGAUAGCCAAACGAUUGACUUGGGAGCUACCGGCCGGCGUAAUCGACCGUGUUCUAGACAGAGAGAUGAACGAGUACUGGCUGUGAAGUCGGCGAUCUUGAUGUGGUUAGGACCAUACGAGCCUAUUAUCGCCUACCUACAGUCAGUGUUAGUGUGGGAAAGACCUCUCCACAGCGUGUUCCUUUACAUAGCUGUAAACGCUGUGUUCUGGUUCUUUGCCCUGAGCUCUCUGCGCAUGCUGUUCCUGCUGUCUGCCGGCCUUGCUUCAGCAGUGUGUGCUGACACCUGGAGGAACAGAACCUGGCCCGAGAUCAUAAUAAAGCAGCGAGAUGAAGAAAAAAGCAGCAGGGGCAUGGUCAACCCAGGGAUUCUGAGUGUUCCGGAACUUUGUGAGCAAUUGGCUGAGGCAUGGGUCACCACAUCAUCAUUCACACAGAACCUUGUGCGACUCAGAUGGCACAGCCCGGGAAAGUUUUGUCUCCUGGUCUGCGGUUUCUUCACCCCUAUGGCAAUGCUGGGAUGUUACAUUCCAGGUCUGGUGCUCUCCUACGCUGUGAUGCUGGCAGGGUUGCUAUGCCCUCUGGCGAUGUACCACAGGGUGUGGCAGCGGCUACUGGUGCAUCUGGAGCCAGCCCUGCAGUGGCUGGACUUCAGCAUUAGUGGCUAUAUGUCAUCUCAGCCCAAGGAGAGUCAUUCUGUAGUCCUGCACCAGCCUGUCAGGCAUGCUUACCCAACCAAUGGCAGUGACAGCGAGGAAGAGCUAUCCACCCUCUGUCCAAAGUUGGAUGAUGCUGCAAUGGCAAAGGAGUUGGCAAUCACAGACUCUGAGCACUCUGAUGCUGAGGUCUCACACACUGACAAUGGGACCUUAAACUUGUCAAGAGGUCAGAGUCCACUCACAGAGGAUUCAGAAGAUUUGGAUCGGCACAGCAACCCAGAGGAGUCCUUUGCUUGUGACCUCCCUAACGUCCCCUCCAUCAAGCCUGAGGCCAUACUGAUGGGCAAUGAUGAUGAUACCAGCAUUGGGCUUCAGAGUCCGGGCUCUUCCAGCUCUCACAGUCCCAGUAACAUGCUCCUGGACUUGGACCAGGAAAUCAUAGACCCUAAGCAGUCCAGCUCUGACCAGGAGAGUGAGGACUUUGAGGUGCUGGAUCAGUCAAAGCUAAGCCAGAUGGAUCCCUUAGUAGGGUCCGGGCAGGGAAGAAGCCUUGGGCAACACCAGCAGCAUAGCAACCAAGAGACCGGCUUCCUGUCCAACCUACAGAGGAAGACUCAGUAAGGCUCAGCCUUGUCUGCAUCAUGUCCAUUUCUGAAUAUGGGACACACUUGUGAAUGAGGGUGUGGGCCUGUGAAACUGUAAAUCAGCAACCUAAACACUCUUUGCAGGUACUGUCAGUAUCACUGUGACAUACUCUUACUGCUUUCAUUUGCUUUUAAUUUUGAAGUUAUUUCUUCCUCUUCAGUCUCUUCACAUAAGAGAUAUCUGUGUUUUUUAACCCUGAUGUUGAUGUCGUCAAUUAAUUUACUAAAUAAAAGCUCAUGCUAUUUGCUUAUACAUUCCAGUAGAGGAGUGUAAAUUAGAUAUCAAAAAAGCCAGCACAAAUACAACAAAAUU